AGGGUUCCCUGGCAGUUGGAGAGGAGGAGUGAGUGAGAGGAAGGUGACAUGACAGCAGCACGAGGGAUCCCUGGAAGAGGAGAUGGACAGGAACCAAGCUGGGAGGAAAUGUUACUAGGAAGCCAGGUGAUGCAUGUGAGCAAGAGGGAGAUCAGAGAGGGGAAAGUGAUCAAGGUGAAGAAAGGAAAAUGGACAGAACAAAGGAAAGAACCGACAGAGUAAGGGAGAGAAAGUGAGAGGAGAGAAAGACAGAUGGACAGACUGACAACCACCUGGGCAGAUCAGUGCCCUCUCUCUCACUGAGAUGCACUGAGAUGCCAGAGCCCCUGCCAACAGGCCUGCACAAGAGGUAUCUGACACUGCUGAUAUGCCAAUUAGGGUGCAGUAUAACACACUGAAAUUUGCCAGCUCCAGAAGACCAGAAAAGUUGGCACGACUCUCAAUUUAUCUAAAGUCCUAGGAGAGCUGGGAAUUAUAUUUUAUCUAUAUAUUGAAGUAUUGUAUUUUGGGGGGCAAAUGCAAUCCCAGAGAAGUAUGAGUGAGCUAAAAAGAUGGGUGACGACAUAGCCUAAAAUGAUGACAAGUAGAUAGGACAUGAGAGAGCAUAUGCAACAAAAGCUUACUGAUGGUCAUGUACUGCCUAUUACGUAAUCUGCACUUGGUGGUGUUUAAUCUGCAUGCUAACCUGUAUUUCGACCCUCUAUGUGGAAGCAUAGGGUAAAAGCAGCAACGCUACCACUGCCUUCGAUGCACUUUGUUCAUAACAGUCACUAAUCUAAUUUAUAAUGCAAAGAAGGCCAUGGAGCUAGUGUACAGGAAAAUACAACACUCCAGUUACAUAGAUGAUUAAGACGGUUGACAUGGACUCCCACAAAAGCCUGAUUUCAUCAGUAAUCAGGGUAGACCAGGCUGGACAGUAUAACUGUGACAAUUGGAACAGGGAAUGCUCCUCACAUGCUCUGGUCUGGUCUGGUUGGAGGAACACUGGAACUGAAGGAACCAGACAAUACAAGAAAGCUUCAGCUACUCUUGGUUUUCUAGCUCUUGAAAGGGGAAGAAGUGCUCCCAGUCUCUUCGGGUUCAGUAUACGAGCUGAGCUGCACGAGGAAGGCAGACAAAUCCCUUGAGCAACAGAAUCGUUAGGUGGGCAGAGAGGAAGGCAUACCAUAUGCUCCCAAGCAUCUAGAGAUUGAAAUAUGAAGGGUUCAAGUUCACAAUGACUAAUGAAGAACCUCUCCCAAAGAAGGUUCGCCUUAGUGAAACAGACUUUAAGGUUUUGGGUAGAGAUGAACUGAUCCUAAGGUGGAAGCAAUAUGAAGCAUAUGUACAGGCUCUGGAGGGCAAAUACACAGAUCUUAAUUCUAAUGAUGUAACUGGAUUGAGAGAGUCUGAAGAGAAGCUGAAGCAACAACAGCAAGAGUCUGCCCGAAGAGAGAAUAUCCUGGUGAUGAGGUUGGCAACUAAGGAACAGGAAAUGCAAGAGUGUACUAAUCAGAUUCAGUACCUCAAGCAAGUCCAGCAGCCUAGUGUUGCCCAACUGAGAUCAACAAUGGUGGACCCAGCCAUCAACUUGUUUUUCCUAAAAAUGAAAGGUGAACUGGAACAGACUAAAGACAAACUGGAACAAGCCCAAAAUGAACUGAGUGCCUGGAAAUUUACGCCUGAUAGCCAAACAGGCAAAAAGUUAAUGGCGAAGUGUCGAAUGCUUAUCCAGGAGAAUCAAGAGCUUGGAAGGCAGCUGUCCCAAGGACGCAUUGCACAGCUUGAGGCAGAGCUGGCUUUACAGAAGAAAUAUAGUGAGGAACUAAAAAGCAGUCAGGAUGAAUUGAAUGACUUCAUCAUCCAGCUUGAUGAGGAGGUAGAGGGUAUGCAGAGUACCAUUCUAGUUCUCCAGCAGCAGUUGAAGGAGACUCGCCAGCAGUUGGCUCAGUUCCAGCAGCAGCAGUCCCAGGCCUCAGCACCAGGUACCAGCAGGACUCCAUCUUCUGAGCCUACAGACCAGGGAGAGGCCAUGGGUAAAGACUGCAGCCGUCUGGCUAAUGGACCGAGCAACGGCAGCUCUUCCCAUCAGAGGACGUCUGGGCCUGGAUUUUAUAGGGAGGGUAGUGGCACAGAAGAUGACUUCUCAGCAUCUCCAGGGAAUGGUAAUAAGCUCUCCAACCACUCUGAAGAUAGAACUGUCAGAGGCGGUUGUAGCUACAUAAACCAACUAAGUACUGGGUAUGAAAGUGUAGACUCUCCCACUGGCAGUGAAAACUCACUCACUCACCACUCAAAUGACACAGACUCCAAUCAUGAUCCUCAAGAAGAGAAAACAGUGAGCAUGAAAGGUAAUAGAACUGUGGGUUCUCGUCAUGUUCAGAAUGGUUUGGACUCCAAUGUAAAUGUCCAGGGUUCAGUUUUGUAACAUUUUUUUUCUGCAACACUUUUAUACAGUGUCAUUUAAAUUGGGAGAGGAUACUGUCCAGAAACUGUUUAAAUUAGUGCAUACUCGUCACAGUUUUGCCUUUUUGUGGGUUUUUUUGCUUCAAUACCUCUGCCACUUUGGAAAUUUUAACAGUUAAUUACGUUGAACGUUGCUAAAAGGACAUUUGUGUAGGCUCAAGUUAUUUUUAUAUGAGUUAAUGUGAAGUUGAAAGUGGAAAUUAUUUCCACAAAGUAUAACAUAAAUGAUGUCUGUACAAAUCUGUGUAUAUCUAGAACCUGUGCUGUGUAAGGGCAUUCUUACUCAUAUUGUUAUAUUUACACCACAUUCAAAAUUUGUCAUACUAGCUGUGGGUUUAUGACUGCCAAGUUUGCCCAGUACCGUAGUUUUAUCACUAAAAGAUGGACUUGUUGAAGGAGUCCUGUAGUAGUUCCAGUGUUAAUUACAGUUUUUUUUCCCACCAUUCAUCUGUGCAUUUCUCCUUAGGUGGCCGAAUGUUUAAGAAGUUUGUGUGCAUAGUUACUCAGUUUUAAGAACUGUUGUAUCCUGUUUAUGCAUAUUGCUCUGUGACUCCAAUAUUCUCUUACCUGUACUGACCAAACCUAAAUAAAGACUUUUAAUAAUGUAAUUUAUUUUAGUCUGCAUUGGUUUCAUAUGAUGUAUUUGUAUACAAUGCAUUUUUAUUGUACGUGUUUUCUGUUGGGUUAUUUGCCCACUACCAAUCUACAUAGUAAAAAAAUCAUGCUGAAGACUCAA